AUGACAUCGGCAGCAACAGCAAAGCCAGUACUCCGUUUCGGUAUACUGGGUGCUGCUAGGAUAGCACCUGAGGCACUGCUGAACCCCGCAAAGACGCAUCCUGAAGUCUCCAUCACUGCUGUGGCAUGCAGGGACCAGAAGAGGGGCGUGCAGUUUGCGCGGAAACACAACAUACCGAAGACGUUUACGGGUCCGAAAGCUUACCAAGACCUGAUCGCAGACCCGGACAUCGAUGCGGUGUACAACCCGUUGCCGAAUAGUUUGCACUUCGAAUGGUCGAUGCGCGCUCUGCUGGCCGGGAAGCAUGUACUUCUUGAGAAGCCGUUCACUGAUACCGCCGAGGAGGCGCGCCAGCUCUUUGCGUUGGCCGAGGAGAAAGGUCUCGUCAUCCUGGAGGCUAUGCACGCAACAUUUCACCCCGCGAUGCGGCGCGUGCGGGAGCUCGUCGCAAGCGGUGAACUCGGGAAAGUGAAGAGCGUGCAGGCGACGCUCGCCCUGCCCUACUGGGCGUCCCGCUUCCUCUUCCUGAAGGACGACGUGCGCUUCCAGUACGAUCUCGGGGGCGGCGCAACCAUGGACAUGGGAGUCUACCCUCUAGCGGCCAUCCGGUGCGUCACAGGAGCGGACAUAUCUGCGCCCGCGGUGACGUCCGCGACCGCGAUCGGACACGCCUACGACCCAGCGCGCAUCGACCGCAGGAUGCACGCGACGUAUGCGCUCCCGGACUCGGUGACGGCCGAGUCGACCGCGGACUCCGGGACGCCCGGAUGGGGCCCGUUCGGGCUGCUCCCGAGCGCGAUCGACAUCAACCUGAAGGUGUCGCUGGAGGGCGGGGAGAUCAGCCUGUUCAACUUCGUCGCGCCGGGCUUCUACCACAGCAUCAAGGUCAGGCCGAAGCGCGGGGCGGCGCGCACGGAGAAGGCGUACACGUAUGCCGACGGCAGGGGCGACAAGUCGUGGUCUACCUAUCGUUACCAGCUUCAGGCGUUCGUGGACAAGGUACAGGGCAGGACGCCGUGGGAGUGGAUCGAGCCAGAGACCAGCAUCACGACAAUGGAGACCCUGGAGAGGGUCUAUGCCGCGGCGGGAUUGCCGCCGCGCGUUGCCUCCUCAUACAAGCCUGAAACUGCGUCGCCCGCGGGCAGUCCGCCGAGCGGUGAUGCUGCUUAGCACCGGGCUACGCUUGCUACCAC